GAUCAUGGGAAAGUGGAAGAAGCUUUAGAGUGGGAUUGGAGAGAGCAGUUCAAACACCGGUGAGCAUGAGGAGGUUUUUCCGAGCACACAGGGACGAAGACUACAGUCAGAUCCAGUAUCUGACGGCCAAGUGCACCCGCCUGGCUUAUGAUAAAGCAGUGCUCGACAGGGAGUUUCUGAUGUCCAGAGACAGGGGGAGGAAGCUGCAGAAUGAUCUGGAAGCUGCGACAGCUCGAUUCCUCCACCAGCAGCAGCAGCUGAACAUGGAGCUCAGGAUGAGAGAGGACCAACUCAUCAGCAGGAUCCACCAGCAACAGGACCUGGUGAACUUGCUGCAGCAUCGCGUGGUCCUGCUGACGGAGGCGAGCUCCCGGGACGCGGAGCUGCUGCGGCAGGUCAGCUCAGAGAUACUGUGCCUGCAGAGCUCCGAGGUGAAGCUGGAGGGUCUGGUGGAGGAGCUGCAUGCUGAGGCCCAACACAGAGCUGUGGUGGCAGAGAGCCUCCAGACAGAGCUGCACAGUGAAGCCCGGCGCAGAGCUGCGAUGACGGAGAGCCUGCAGGCAGAGCUGCGCAGUAAGACAGUGGAGCUGGAGGAGCUACAUGACACCAACCAAACUUUGAUAGAAAAUCUGAAGGAUUUACGCUCCACUCAUCAGAAGGAGGUAAGGGAGCUGCAGCAGCAGAAUGAGGGGAGUCUGAGCAAACUGCAGAGGACAGCGGAGCAGUUUGAGUGGCUCUGUCAGCAGCAGCGCUACUGGAUGUGCUGUGUCAAGAAAUUCAAAGACUGCCUGAUGGAGGAGAGAGACGCUCUGCUGCAACAGGUCAUCAAAUUGAAAAAGAAGGUUGAGAAACAUGAUGACAGUCCCUCACAGAGCGUUGUCUGUCCCCUACAAGACACUCAAGGCUGUGACGGCAGUAUAACAUCAUGGGAUGCAGAUGCAGUGGCUGACCUGGAGUCUCAGGUGGAGAAGUUAAACAUGCCGUACGUGGAGCUCUUUAACCAGGCAGGGAGCCCUAUCAACGGAUACCAAACACCUCCUUGAGGACAGAAGCCUGGAGCCUGGCCUCGUCUUCUUUUUCUCUCCUCACCUUCUCCAGAAGAUAACCACUAGAUGUUUGUGUGAGCGGUUAGCUUCGUGGAAUACUUCCCAGUCAUUGUCGCAAAAACCAAAAAAAAAACUUGGAAAAACAUACCUGUGAACCCAUACAUUUAC